ACUUACAAUUAAAAACACUGUGGUUUUUUGUGUCUCUCUCAAGGGAGGAAGAAAACGAAGACGAUGGACAAGAUGAUGGAGAUGCAGAAGGUUGAAGAGGAAAGAAAGGCUUUGGAGGCCAAGCUGGACAUGGCGGAGGAGGAGAGGAACAAGGCCAGAGCAGAGCUGGAGAAGAGGGAGAAGGACCUACUUAAAGUCCAGCAGGAGCAUCACCUUCUGCUGGAUAAACUGGAAGAACGUCGCAGGAGAGCGGAGAAGCUGCGGAGGGAGCUGGAGGAGAAAGAGCAAGAGCGUCUGGACAUUGUAGAGAAGUCCACUAGUCUGCAGGAGGAGGCUCAAGGAAAGACCAAGGAGCUGGAGAAAGUGUGGACAAUGCUGAAGGCUGCCAAAUCAGAAAAAAGCAUGGAAUACACUGGCAACAAUAUCAGAAAACAGACCCCUGCCCCAGACAAAAAAGAAAAAGAUGCAUUUAAGGUGGAUCUGUCCCACGUCUAUCUGACCUGCACAGACAGAGAGCCUGUGCUAGUCAUCGAUGAAGCUCGAGAGUCCCAGAACUUCUAAAAGUGGCAAAAGUGGCCGACCCAAGAUCUCUUAUAAGGAGGACAUUUGCUGAAAGCAAGUCUUCAAAUAUUGCCACCGCGCCCUCAACCAUACAGUUCAUUUAGUGAUUGUGAUGAUCGGGGAUCAAAUAAAUGCUACGAUGGCACUUUGAUGUGUGCGUGUGUGCAUGUGUGUGUGUGUGUAUGUGCGCGCACCAGAAACUUGUGGUUGGUUGCCUGCAUCUUACGUGGAUAGUCAAAUUUGGAGCACUUACAAUUACAACCUUCUGUGAACUUGACUUACACAACGUCAUAUACUGCUUUGAUUAAACUGAAGAGCUAUUGUU